AGCGUGCAGCUUAAGGUGGGGACGGCCGAGGCAUGGCGGCCCUGCUGAGACCGGCCCGCUGGCUCCUCCGCGCUGGGGCGACCCCGCACCUCCCGCUCUCCCUGCGCCUUCUAGCGGGCGGCCCGAGCCGGCCGCACGCCGCCUUCUGUCCGCGCGCCGCUCGCGCCGGGCCCGUCGCCGGAGAGCUACUGAGCCAAGCCAGGCUAUAUGCCAUUGCUGCUGAAAAAAAGAAUUAUCUUCAAGAGGAGCCCACUUCUUCUCAAAGAAGGAAUGCCAGUCAGUUUGAUUGGGCUCUAAUGAGGCUAGAUAAUUCUGUCCGAAGAACUGGCCGCAUCCCUAAGACUCUUCUACAAAAAGUCUUUGAUAACACCUGCCACUCAGGUAGCCCAGGUGGUAAUCAAGCCUUGCUUCUGCUGCGCAGCUGUGGUUCUCUCUUGCCUGAACUAAAGCUCUCAGAGAGAACAGAAUUUGCUCAUAGGAUAUGGGACAAACUUCAGAAAUUGGGUACUGUGUAUGAUGUAAGUCACUAUAAUGCUUUGCUUAAAGUCUACCUUCAAAAUGAGUAUAAAUUUUCACCAACUGACUUCUUGGAAAAAAUGGAGAAAGCAAACAUUCAACCAAAUCGAGUGACAUACCAAAGGUUGAUUGCUGCUUAUUGUAAUAUGGGAGAUAUUGAAGGUGCCAGCAAGAUUCUUGGAUUUAUGAAAACUAAGGAUCUUCCAGUCACAGAGGCAGUAUUCAGUGCUCUUGUUACAGGGCAUGCAAGAGCUGGAGAUAUGGAGAAUGCAGAAAAUAUUCUCACAGUGAUGAAAGAGGCUGGAAUUGAGCCUGGUCCAGACACAUACCUAGCACUGUUGAAUGCAUAUGCUGAGAAGGGUGACAUUAACCAUGUUAAACAGACCCUGGAGAAAGUGGAGAAGUCUGAUCUUUACCUUAUGGACCGUGAUAUUUUGCAAAUUAUCUUUAGCUUCAGCAAAGCUGGGUAUCCUCAAUAUGUCUCAGAAAUUUUGGAAAAAAUUACAUAUGAAAGAAGAUAUAUUCCAGAUACAAUGAACCUCAUUUUGCUUUUAGUCACAGAAAAAUUGGAAGAUACAGCAUUGCAGAUUUUAUUAGCAUGUCCUAUAUCAAGGGAAGACAGCCUGAGUGACUUUGGCAGUUUCUUUUUACGACACUGUGUGACUAUGAAUACGCCUGCAGAGAAGCUUAAAGACUACUGUAAGAAGUUAAAGGAAGCCCAGCUGCACACAUCUCCUUUCCAGUUCACACUCCAGUGUGCUUUACUAGCCAAAAAAAUCGAUUUGGCAAAAGCUCUAAUGAAGGCUCUGAAGGAAGAAGGUUUUCCUCUCAGAACUCAUUAUUUCUGGCCAUUACUAGUUGGACAUCAGAAGGAGAAAAAUGUUCAAGGUAUAGUUGAAGUCCUCAAAGGAAUGCAUGAACUAGGAGUAACUCCUGAUCAGGAGACAUACAUAAAUUACGUGUUUCCAUGCUUUGAUAGUGUAAAGUCAGUUCGUGCUAUUUUGCAGGAAAAUGGAUGUCUACAUGAAGAUAGUAUAUUUUCUCAAGCUGAAUUGAGAGUUGAAGCAGUAAAUGGAAACUUAGACUAUAUUUUAUCAUUUUUGGAAUCAAAUACAUUGCCUCUCUCAUUUGCUUCAUUGAGAGGCAGCCUAAUUCUAGGCUUUAGGAGGUCUAUGAAUAUAAAUCUUUGGAGCAAGAUAACAGAACUGUUGUACAAGGAUGGACGUUAUUGCCAGGAGCCUCCAGGACCAAUGGAAGCUGUUGGCUAUUUUCUUUAUAACUUGAUUGACAGCAUGAGUGACUCAGAGGUACAGGCCAAGGAGGAGCGUUUGAGACAAUACUUCCAUCAGCUGAUGGAGAUGAAUGUAAAAAUUCCUGAAAAUAUCUACAGAGGCAUUCGUAAUCUGCUGGAUAGCUACCAUGUUCCUGAAUUGAUUAAGGAUGUUAAUAUGUUGGUUGAAAGAGAGAAGACAGACUCUCGAAAAACUACGCAGCCUACAUCAUCUGAUUUGGAGUCUAAACUUGAAAAACUAAAAGCUGAAAAUCAACCUAUAGGAGAUGUCCUAAAGCAACUCAUAUUAAUGCUGUGUUCAGAAGAGAACAUGCAUAAAGCUCUUGAAUUGAAAGCAAAAUAUGAAUCAGAUAUGGUUAUUGGUGGCUAUGCCUCUUUAAUAAAUUUGUGCUGUCGACAUGAUAAUGCAGAAGAGGCAUUGAACCUGAAACGAGAAUUUGACCGUUUAGAUUCUUCUGCUGUCCUUGAUACCAGCAAGUAUGUAAGACUUGUAAGAGUAUUGGGAAAACAUGGCAAGCUCCAAGAUGCUAUUAACAUUCUAAAGGAGAUGAAAGAGAAGGAUGUUCUUAUCAAAGAUGCAACAAUCUUGUCCUUUUUCCACAUCCUAAAUGGUGCAGCUUUAAGAGGUGAAACUGAAACAGUAAAACAGUUGCAUGAAGCCAUCGUGACUCUAGGGUUAGCGAAACCAUCUACCACCUUAAGUUCCCCAUUGGUCACCCUGUAUCUGGAAAAGGAUGAAUUACCUACUGCUCUUGAAGUCACGAUUGACUGCUAUGAAAAGUAUAAAAUACUACCAAGGAUUCAUGAUGUCCUAUGUAAACUGAUAGAGAAAGGCGAGACUGAUCUAAUUCAGAAAGCAAUGGACUUUGUGAGCCAAGAACAAGGUGAAAUGACUAUGCUGUAUGAUCUCUUCUUUGCCUUCCUACAAACAGGAAAUUACAAAGAGGCCAAGAAGAUCAUUGAGACUCCAGGCAUUAGAGCUCGGCCUACAAGACUUCAGUGGUUUUGUGAUAGAUGUAUUGCAAGUAAUCAGGUUGAAACUCUAGAAAAAUUAGUGGAGCUGACACAGAAGCUAUUUGAAUGUGAUAGAGACCAGCUAUACUACAGUCUGCUAAAACUAUACAAAGUGAAUGGUGACUGGCAAAGAGCUGAUGCUGUCUGGAAUAAAAUGCAAGAAGAAAAUAUUAUUCCUCGUGGAAAGACAUUAAGGUUAUUAGCGGAAAUCCUUAGGAACAGUAACCAAGAGGUUCCAUUUGAUGUACCUGAGUUGUGGUAUGAGGAUGAAAAACAUUCCCUGACUUCAUCACUCUCACCUGUAGAAGUUAGUCUCCAGAAAGAGCUAUUGAAUGCCUGCCACAGGAAGAAAGACAAAGAUGCAUUUAAUAUUUUCCUGAAAGCAAAAAAGCAAAACAUUGUGUUCAAUAGUGAAACUUAUACCAGUCUUAUAAACUUACUGUUGAUGAAGGAUAAUCCUACACAAGCAAUGCAAGUGAAAGAUUUCGCUGAGACCCACAUCAAGGGCUUCACACUGAACGAUGCUGCCAACAGCCUCCUCAUCAUAACGCAAGUUAGGCGGGAUUAUUUGAAAGAUGCUCUGACAACACUAAAAACAGCCUUGGAUCUGGAGCAGAUACCUUCUAGGGUAGCAGUGACUCGCCUUAUUCAGGCAUGUGCCUUGAAGGGUGAUACAGAAAGCAUACAAGACAUUCAGAAGUUGGUAAAUGGACUCAAAGAUUCAAUUGGACUUUCCCGUAUGGUUUUCAUCAAUAACAUUGCUUUGGCACAAAUAAAGAACAGUAACAUAGAUGGUGCAAUAGAAAACAUUGAAAAUAUGCUUACUUCAGGGAACCAAACCAUGGAACCUCAGUACUUUGGUUUGGCAUACUUAUUCCGAAAAGUCAUAGAGGAGCGGUUGGAACCAGCACUUGAAAAGAUAAGCAUCAUGGCGGAGAGAUUGGCCAAUCAGUUUGCAAUUUACAAGCCUGUCACCGAUCUUUUCCUUCAGCUUGUGGAUUCAGGCAAGGUGGAUGAUGCCAGAGCUCUCCUACAGAGAUGUGGUGCAAUUGCUGAACAAACCCCAAUUUUCUUGGUGUUCUGUAUUAGGAAUUCUCGGAGAUCCGGAAAGGCACCAACUGUGAAGUCUUUGUUAGAAUUGAUUCCUGAAUUAACUGAAAAGGAAGAAGCAUACACUUCCAUCAUGAAAAGCUAUGUCUUGGACAGUGAUGUCGCAUCUGCUAAAGCACUAUAUAAAAAUUUGACUGCGAAGGAUGUAAAAUUGAAUAAUCUGUUUCUAAAGCAUUAUGCAGUUUUGCUGAAGAAUGCUGGAGAGUCUGUCCCUUUCACUGAGCCCCCUGUCUUCCUCAGCACAAGCUACACCCUACACUGGACUUGUUACUUCAUACUGCAUAUCAGUGAAUAUGUGAGUGCAGGACCUGUACGUGUUGUUUUGACACUACCUGAUUUGCCAUGAGCGUCACUCCAUUAGGGAUUCCACUGAAGCAGGCUUUAUGUUUUGUAGUUAUGCCAACCGUAAGAUAGUUGAGCUAAAUUUUAUUGAUAGUCAUUGAAUUAGGUCUCUAAGAUGAGGAACCACCUUGGGGCAUAAUCUGGACUUCCCAGUUAUCUUUAGGGAAGCUCAGAGGACAAUCUCAUUUCCAUGAAGUGACUCCAAGGCAGCCUUGUAUAUGGACUCUGGUAAAAUGUGGGUCUAGUGCAAAGGAAAUAGAUAUAAAUCCCUCGAUGAGCUUUCUACUGCUUAAUAACAUUUCUAGCAUUCUGAACAGCAGACUGGACCAUUCAAUAUAUUACAUACAUUAAAGAACUAUCAAGUCAUGCAUCUGUAGCACUGUAUUGGUUGGCUUCCUGUUUUGAAUGUAAAUAUUUAACAUGUAAUCAUUGUAUAUUCUAGGUGAGCUUAGAAUGCUUUCUAAAUAUCUAAUAGCAAAAUUGAAAUAAGUAGAAAUAUAAACACAAUUAUAGCAGCACUCAAUGGUACCUUUCAGAUUCAAAUUAUAAGCAAACAGCUAAUUCUAAAAAGUAAAUGUCAUAAACUUUGGGAAAGUAUAGUGUUUUAUAUGUAAUUGUAUGUUCGUGUAU